AUGGUACUUAUUUCCUCUUGCAUUCUUAUUCUCUUUUACAUUCUAAUUCUCUUUCUAUUUUCAAAUUUUAAAAUCACCUAA